ACACACACUCACACAAACACACACACACACACACACACACACACACACACACACACACACACGCACACACUCUCUGUUCCAAUCAGUGUGUAGCGUGGUCGGUGAUGUUAAAGGCAGACUGGGGUAAAUCCAGCAUCACUGCUCUCAACUCCUCACCAGACCUGCAGCCUGAGCAUUUCCCGGCAGUAAGCGGGGCCUUCAUGGAUUCCCCGUAUAACGGCAACACGUCCCUCCAGACCUCCACCUCCAACCUGAACGCCAGCUUCUCCCGGCCGGUUGAGCAGGAGGAGGAGGGCAAGUUCUCCAGCGACGCCAUCUGGCUGUGGGUGGCGGUGAUCGCGACCAUCGGGAACAUCGUGGGUGGCGGUGGUGUGUGCCUGUGCCUUUUAGACUCCGUAGUUCACAAGGACACGGCCUGAACCCUCUGAUUUAUUAUUAUUAAUAUUAUUAUUAAAUUAUAUCUCUUUUUCUGACCGUUAGCACUUUAGCACAACUUUCCUUAUGAUGUUCCAAAGAUUUCAAUAAGGAACCAGCAGAACAUGAAGCGUGGGAGAUGGAUAUGGCUGGGUUUUGGUUUCUGUAAUAUAAUAUUUUAUUUAUCGUCCAUAAACCUAAAGGGAAGUGGACUUUUUGGUGGUAUUUUUAAAGAAAAUAAUCCUGGGCUGAAUAAAUAUGGCUUUAGUUGUGGGGGCGUGGCUAACCAAUCACAGGGAAAGCUAUCAUACAGUACGAGAUUAAGGGACCUGUUUUCGGAAACACUUUAUGAUAACUUUCAUUAAUCUACGAUUAACUAAAGAUAAAGUUUUACCUGUUUUCAAAUAUAUCUAAAUAUAUCUACGCCAAUGGGCGUGGUUAUAACACUGAAACAGCUAUCACCACCAACAAAGUCAGAAAUGCCUUUAGCGCAUUCCGAGCCAUGCAAGGCAUACUUUUCCCGUCGUUGCGAUAGCAAAGACACACUGACAUGCUUAAAGAAUGCUAAAGUAAGGCCCAAAGAUUUUACAUAAUUUGCAUAGAUUUUGAUUCUGUUAAUAAAUCAAUUGAUUUCUUCAGAAUUUAAUAAUUUUAACCAAAUUUAAUAACUAUUGUUUUUGUACAUUUAAGGAAGAAAAAAAGUUGGUAACAUAUAUUUGUGAAUACUACUAAACACAUUUGCAACAUUAAACUGCAAUUAACUGCAGGUUUAAAAUGAUUAUUACUACUGAUGUUUUAAUGUUCAAAUUCUGAUGAGCUAAUGAUUUGCUAAAAUGACUGAAUAUGAAAACACAAACUCAUAACUAAUUGUCAUGUUUAAACAUUUUUUGAUGAUUAAAUUCUAAAAAAAAUAAUUAUUAAAGCAUUAUUUACAUUUGUGAAUCAUUAGUUAUAAAUAUAUUAAUGAAAGUUAUUAUAAAGUGUUACCCUGUUUUCAAAUAUAUCCAAAUAUAUCUACACCAAUGGGCGUGGUUAUAGCACUGAAAAUAGAAUCAAUAAAAUCACCACCAGCAAAGUCAGACAUGGCUUUUGUGCAUUCUGAGCCAUGCAAGGCAUACUUUUCCCGUCGUUACGACAGCAAAGACCCACUGACAUGCUUAAAGAAUGCUAAAAUAGGUCCCAAAGUUUUUACAUUUUGCACAGAUAUUUUGGUUCUGUUGCUAAUAAUCAAUUGGUUUCUUCAAAAUUCUUAACUGUGCAAUGUAUAAUGAUUUUAACCAAAUUUUCAAAUCAAAGCUUUUAUUGGGAUGCAAUUCCCAUUGUUGCACUCUACACCAUCCUUUAUUUGUAGUUUAACAUUUUUAAAAGUCCUCUGCAAAAUUAUUAAAAUGAGAUUUCAUGAUGUUACAAGAAAUUCUGAAGCAAUGGUGGCAAUAAUUUUUAAACGGCAUGUAACCAAAUCAAUAGGUUUCAUCAAAAUUCUUAAGAUUUUUAGAUAUUGUUAACUGUGCUAAUUGUUAAAUGUAUAAUAACUUCAACCAAAUUUUAUUUUGGGUUGCAAUUCCCAUUGUUACGUUCUACAUGUUCUUUAUUUAUAGUUUAAUGUUUCAAAAAGUCCUCGGCAAAAUGUUUUAAUUGUGAUUGCAUGACAUUACAUGCAAUUUUUUGUUUCCAUAACUUUGAGCAAGCAGAAGGAUGAGUGAGGCACAAAAUAAUUUAAUAAAACAUUUUAAAAGGUUUAUUUUUGUGUUUUUUUAGAAAUAUGUUUUUAGCAUUCAAACCAGCAGGAGGUGCUGUGAUCUCUGGAAGAAGCAUUUUUAAAUGUUCAGAUAUACCUUUUUUGUGUUUAUAACAAAAUUAAAAAUAAUUAUAAAUAAAACAUCAACAUUGCAUGACCCCAACAAGUCAAGACCAAUAAACAAUACGUUUUUUGGCUUUUUUCACUAAACAUUAUUAUUUUUUAACAACUGCAACUAAAUGCAUAAAUGGUCCACAAUUAGUUGUAUUGGGUCUCAUGAGAGUUUCCUAAUCAGUGUCUCUGAUUUUGUUAUUUAUAGGUUUAUGUUUGAGUAAAAUGAACAUUGUUGUUUUAUUCUAUAAACUACAGACAACAUUUCUCCCAAAUUCCACAUAAAAAUAUUCUCAUUUAGAGCAUUUAUUUACAGAAAAUGAGAAAUGACUGAAAUAACAAAAUAAAGAUGCAGAGCUUUCAGACCUCAAAUAAUACAAAGAAAACAAGUUCAUAUUUAUAAAGUUUUAAGAGUUCAGAAAUAAUCAAUAUUUGGUGGAAUAACCCUGGUUGGUUUUUAAUCACAGUUUUUUUUUCAUGCAUCUUGGCAUCAUGUUCUCCUCCACCAGUCUUACACACUGCUUUUGGAUAACUUUAUGCUGCUUUACUCCUGGUGCAAAAAUUCAAGCAGUUCAGUUUGGUGGUUUGAUGGUUUGUGAUCAUCCAUCUUCCUUUAAUGUUUAUGUUUUUAAUUUGGUAUAUGGUAAUAUAUUGGUCUUCCAAUGGUUUGCUUAGUUACGCAAACCAGCCUUACAUAAUCACUGUUUAUUAUUUUUAGCUGUGAAGGUUGGGAGUGUCAAUCCAGCGGAUUAAAACAGAUUACAGAAGUGAUUUUCUGGAUCCUUCUGCUGAUAAACCAAACUUCUGGCUCACACUGUGAUAGAGCUUUAUGACCAGUGUGUGUGUGUGUGUGUGGUAAAUAGGUGACAGAUGGUGGUUGUCCAGAGGGGCUGGGUGGUCGCUGUGGGUCAGUUAGCAUUAGCGUAAAGUGCUCCUGGUACUUCUGCUUGGCCAAAGCUCACCCCCUACAAUCCUCCUGUCACUGUCAAAUAUGAACUCAUAGAGCCCUGUUUUAGUCAUUUAUAGACUAGCCAUCAAUUGUGCAUCUUACAGCUUGAUUUAGGGUGUGUCAGUGUGUCUUUGCUAUCAUAACGAUGGGAAAAGUACACCUUGCGCGACUCGAAGCACAAAGCAAAAGGCAUGUACAAAUUCUCUUAAUAAAUCAUGGGUGUGGUCGCAAUCAUUUUGGGCAUAACAUGAAAUAAACCAAUCAGAGUGUCUCUUGCUCAUCAUUCCCUUUAAGAGUCAGGUGAGCUCUGUCUUUGGUGGAUUGCUAUUUUAACGGUGCAGCUACCUGGACGUGUCCAACAAACUCUUCUCAGCAGAGGAAACUGAGCUGCUGGUUGACGCUGUGAAGGAGCUCCAGCAGCUCAUUUACGGGAACAGCAAUGUUAUUUUAUUUACUAUUCUGUUUAUUGUUGAUGUAAAAGUUGGGUUUGUGCUGCUGUGUGUUCAUGUGUGUGCAAUAAGUGGGGGUGUACGCUCGGCUCGGCACAGCGCCUGUGUUACCUGUUGGCGUCUGUCUAGGUUGUAUUCAGUCAGUGGAGCUCCUGUGUUUUCUGUUACCAAGAUAAACAAGCAAAACUCCAGUGUAGAUAUAUUCAGUGGGCGUGGCCUAAACGUGCCCUGUCGCCCCGUGUCUACGAGGUAAAGCGACUGCUCUGGAGAAAGAUCAGCCGUGUAUGAGGAUGUAU